CCUCUCGAUCGGCUCUCAUCCCUGGCUUCUGCCUAUUACGUAUUUGUAGGUAUUUUUGCGGGUCUAACCAAGGCAAUGCAUCUAGCGCAUUGCACCGAAGAGGAUUGGCCUUAUCUCCCAUUAUCAUUAAGCUGGACCCUGCCAGCGGUCUAUAAAAGGGUCUUUGGGGGGAGAAUGGUAGUUAGAGACCCUAGAGAAAGGUUAGAAAAAUUAGAGAAGGAUCCCAAUGAAAGAAUAGAAGAACCAGAAAAUAGGACAUAUAUUGUUGUGAGAGAUCUCCCAGAUCACGUAAAAAAUCCCAAUGAUGCCAGUAUAUUUGUGGUCACUUUUAUCUUAUUCUCAUUAAUAAUUCCUUGGAUAACAGUGCCACUUGCUUAUUUCAGUCGUCUGAUCAGAUUUGGCUGCAGAAGCAAAUAUAUCUCUGUCUUGUGCUCUAUCUGGACAGUUAACAGUACUGUCGCAUUUAUUUCCCAUGUUUUAGGAGAAAAAUCUGUGUAUAGCAGACGUAUUCUUAGCAUUUGGUUUUACUUUUCUGGUAUUAUAGUAGCAAUCCUUUUGCUACUAUUAGCAUUAUUAAAUAGUACACGAUCAUGGUGGGUAGAUUUAUUCGGAGAGUCUUGUAAUUUAACAUGUUCAAGUCAAGAUUAUUAGCAUAUAUAAUAAUUUAGCUAUUAUUUAGCUUAUUUGUAUUUUUUAAUCUUAGUAUGAUUAUAAACUAUUAUAUGGUUUGAAAUAGUAGUUAAUGAUUAAUAACUAUUUCGCACUAACGAAAUGUAACAGUAUCUUGAAAUAAUGAAAUAUUCAAGAUCUUACUAUAUAAUUUGACAAUGUUUAGGACUUUUAAGUAUUCCACAAAUUAUUUUAAAUAAUCUACAGAAUAAAAUAUCUAAAUAAUAUAAUUAACGGGAGUUUAAUUUAGUCGAAUGAAAUGAAAUAAAACUCCCUUUGCCACCAUCAAAUAAAUUGAUAUCUUUUUUUUUUUUAAUGGAGAGCAAAAUUGUUUUGAUGAUUUCG